AACAAUCUACUAGUUACGUCACUCCCACCUGUUGAAGUGGCUGAAUCAUCAAAGUGAAGGUUCUCCCUAGUGAUAUUAGAGAUACUGAUUUUUUCUUUUUAUUAUUAUUAUUUUCAAUCAGAUGAGAACAGGUGUAAUACUUGGAUUCAGUUGGAUGGUCGCGAAUGAUUCUUUAUUAUGUGCUGUCGGCAUGUUAUGCGGAAAAGAAUUCAUUCCCAGUAAUACGAGCUAUUUUUGCGGUGAUUGCAUAGACUCGUCCGCUUGCUAAGAAGUUUCGUGCAUACACGAUUUCGAAAUAACUUUCAAUAUCUAUAUUUUUUAUUGAUAUAGUUUAUAAUAAAUCCAAAUUUUUAUGAUGUUUCAUUUUAAAAAUUUAAAGGCUUAAAAUAUGUUCAAUAUUAUAUUUUAAAGAAAUAAAUCAUAAAUAUUUUAUGAAAAAUAACCUGGUAUCAUUUAUAUAUUGGAUAACAAUAUUGUGUAUGGCUUUCUACUGUACACCUAUGGAUAAGCAUUAAAGGAAUUGUUUUCGAUAACUAUCUUCGAGUGCUUCAUAAUUAUUCCUUUUAGUCAAACUUAAUGAUAAAAUAAAUCAAAUGUGUUUCACGACAAAUUACAACACAGAGGAAGAAGGAAAGGAUAUCUUAAACAUCCUCAUUCUAUAAAUUUCCAACAAGUUACAUUCACUUGGAAUAUAAGAGUAAUUGAAAAGUAUCAAACCAAUUAAAGGUUGGAUCUCAACAAAAUGCUUUCGGUUGUUCGGUGAAAUGCUCAAGAAGGUGCUUUUUGAAAAUCAAGCUUUUAUACAUAUAUCAAAACCAAGCUUUUGUGUAUAUCAUAACGUUUUCUGUGAAAUGAUUGAGUGACGAGAUGACUAUGUCAAAGCGUCGUUCUCGUUCAGAUGACAAAUCAGUAAUUCAACAAACGAUGAGUGGACCUUUAACAACAGUAACGCCUGUGUUUGAAUCAAAAAAGUUUGAAGGAAGUGUUCUCCAUAAAGCCUUAAGUCGAUUGAAAGGACGUAAGAGGCUGUGGUUUGUCUUAGAUGAAGGAAGGUGUCGUUUAUUGUACUACAAAAGUGAGAUUGAUGCGCGUUCCAAGGAUCCACUAGGAGCUAUUGAGAUUCGAGGUUCCGCUAUUUCUCUAGCACUAGAGGAGGAUAAUCAAUUCGUAGUGCAUUCCAAUGGAAGAGAACAUGCUCUUGUUGCGGAAGAUCAUGAAUCCAUGAUGUUAUGGAUUCUUGCGUUGCAAGCUAGACAAGAUAAAGAAAUAGUUGAACCUUCUAUGGAAGCAAAUGGACCAUCCAGGAAAAAGAAAUUGCAACAAACAUCUUCAGGCGAUGCUCAGCCGAAUUUACAACAACAGGUUGCAGCUUCUGUUAAAAGCAAAGUGCUUCAAAGAACCCACUCCCUUCAGCUGAAUUCUGAAAAAAGACAUGAUGCUUUGAAACGAAUGCAUAGCCUGUGGGCAACAACAAGCAAAGAGCCAGAUAUAAUUCAAAAUGGAAAAGCUCCUCCCAUUAAGCGACCUUCAAUCGUCAAAGAAUCCCAAGAGUCCUCAAACGACAGUAGUCCAGUUUCCCCGACAAUUGGUGCAAUGGGAGUUGCCACAGAUUCAAAUAACAAUGAUGGAGGUCAGCCCAGGCCUGUCGUAAAUUUACAAGAAGCGCUUUCAGAUUUAUCAUCUGACACAGAAUCGUGUGAUGAUGAAUCUGAAUCCGACAUCGAGGAUGAACCAAAAAAUGAGCACGUGCGCAUUCUUCGAAAAAUGAACUCAGAAGGCAUGGCGCCACAAGAAAUUACUCCUCUCAAAGAUCGAGCCAGCUCCUUGUCAGGUACGAGUGUAUCGAGCGAUUCAGCCGUCGGUACAAGUGAUUACUCAGCAUCAACUCGAUUACAAGAACUAGAAACUGAACUUAUGUGUACAAAAUGUGAUUUGGCAAAAGCUCUCAAUCGUGAGUCUGCAUAUAAAAGUAUCAUAGAAGAGAAAAUUCUUUUGGUUAAUGAAUUAGAAGAAAGAUUAAGAUCAGCAGAAAAUCCAGAUGGUGAUGCAGUUUGGAAAUCUCCAGUCCAUAAAGGAAGCAGUGGAAAUUUUCAAGAAAAAUGCCGUAUCUUGCAAAACCACAAUCGAUUUUUGAAUGAAGAAGUGUUAAAAUUAGCCAAAAUGAUGCAACAAGAGAAAAAAAACACAGAACAUAAAAACCAAUUGGUGCGACAUAUAGAACAAGAAGUUGAUCAAUUAAAGAGAGAUUAUGUAUUUCUAAUGCAGUCCUCUCUCCGAAUCAACAACACUGAUGGACCUGAAACAAUGGAUGUCUAUCUAUAUGGAGGAAACAGGCAUAAGAACAGAGUUUUGAUGCUAUUGGAAGAAGCCAGAAAAAUCAAUCCUACUCUUCCAAUUUUUGAAAACAUGACUCGAGGUCUAUACCACGUAGAUCCUUUAGGGUUUCGGCGAAAUUUCGGGGACGAAAGUCUCAUAAUUCAUUACAUCUGUAGACAACUUCAUCAACAUUAUUCGUCCAUUGGUCCCCAAUAUGAAGUUCAUCAACAGCAAUGGAAAAAACAUCUCCGUCAAAGUCCGACGUUGCCGAAUUCAAAAGAAUUAAAAAGUCUUGUACGCAAAGGAAUACCUCUUCACUUGAGAAAUCGUGUUUGGGCGAUUCUCUACAGAUCACGUGUCAACGAUAUUAUGGAAAGCAAGGGUCCGCAUUACUACAACUUUCUGUGCAGUUUAGCUCCUGAUGAUGAGAGAGUCACAAAUCAUAAGAGACAAAUAGCUUUAGAUCUCUUGCGAACUAUGCCAGACAAUAUAAGAUUUGCGGAUUCUAAUGCCGAUGGAGUUCGAAAAAUGCAAGAAGUCUUGCAAGCAUUUUGCGUCCAUAAUCCUAAUUUAGGAUAUUGCCAGGGUAUGAAUUUUCUUGUAGGAAUGUGUUUGUUAUUUAUGGAACCUGAAGAUGCAUUCUGGUGCUUAGUAGCUGUCAGUGAGCGUUAUUUUACAGCGAAUUACUUUGACCAAAAUCUAAUUGGUGCCCAAGCUGAUCAGGAAGUCUUGAAAGAUUUACUACGAGAAAAGAUGCCCCUCUUAUGGCAGCAUUUUUCGCAACUAGACAUCGAACUCUGCACAGUUACUUUGAAUUGGUUUCUUGCAAUAUUCUUCGACUGUGUUCCUUUUGAGACUUUACUACGUAUUUGGGACUGUUUUCUGUUAGAGGGUCCUAAAGUACUUUUCCGUUUUUCAUUGGCCAUACUCAAGAUGAAUGAAAGAUCACUAUUGGCGAAACAAGAUACUGUUUCUAUCAUGAGGCAGCUCAAAUCUGCUGCAAAACUCUGCUUUGAUGUUGAUCAUCUUUUCCAGACAGCCUUCGAAGACUUGAAACCCUUUACUCGAAGACAAGACAUAGCAACCAAACAAGCAUGUUACUACAAAACACUAAAGGAGCAUGCUAAAAAAAUGGAUUUAGAAAAAAUUGCUUUAAAAGACAGGGAAAGGAUGUUUUCAGAACUUGACUUUCUAAGUGUGAAUCAGUUUGUGAUUGAAUGUGCAGCAGUGUAUGAUAAAGACAAGCUUUGGCUUUGUCACGGCCAUCAUAGUGGAGCUCAUAUAACUAAAGUGAACUGUGAUGAAAACAUUAUGUAUAGACUUAACAUCGAACUGGAAUCUCGAGUCAUGUGUAUGCAUGCUAUAGAUGAUGACACAAUGCUCUUGGGAACACUGUCACAUUUUGUGCACGCUUAUUCAACGAAAUCGCGGCGAUUACUGUGGGAAAUAAGACUGAAUGAUUCUGUAUUAUCACUGGCGUCCCAUGAAGAAGACGGAUUUAGACAAGUAUAUGCUGGGUUAGCGGAUGGAACAGUAGCUGUUGUUGAAAGUAUUGAAGGGCAAUUUCCGAAACCAGAAACUUUUUACAUCAUCAUUGGCUCAAAUCCAGUGACGUGUUUACGGCAUGUUGACCGAAGAUUGUGGUGUGGAACAGGAAACCGUGUAGUGAUACUAAAUGCGAGAACUUUAGACUCGGUAGAUCAGUUUCAUACAUCAUCGAGUUGCUUAGAUUACCUGUCAAUGCUUGUAUCUGACGAUCGAGGAGUAUGGCUAACUAUCAGAGGAUCAUCUGUACUACAACUUUGGGAUCCUCAUACAUUGACCUGUAAACUUCUGUUUGAUGUAAAAGACAAUAAAUAUCCACGAUCUCCAAAGACUGGUGAAGAAGAAAUUGGAGGUUCUAGGAUAACAGCUUUAUUACCGCUCUCAGGCAGCGUGAUUGUUGGUACUGCAGAGGGUUCUCUCAUAAUAUAUGAUGUUGUAACGAAGCUCUCAAGAAGUCCAAGUACUGCUGAGUUUGGAUCGACUCCAAGUAAUAGAAGACAGCCUGUUGCAGAUCAUAUUCAACAAAAAAUACAGCAGCUGUUAAUGGAGAAAAAACGAGAAGACAAUUCUGAUGGUCGUCAUCGAGUAGACAGUGGCUGUUACACCACACCUCGCAGAUCUUCUCUUCUCAUUCCAUUAAAUAAUGAAUGCCAGAAUUCACCAGAAAAUGCUGCAGUCGAAUUAUCUCAAGAAGUUCAAGAAGAAGCAGAAUUAGAAUGUAGCUCUCCGGAAGAUCAAAGUGAAGCCACAAGUCAUUCGACUGUGAAAAGAGCUGAUACAGCAGAAAGAGCAUCUUUAACCUCUCCUGAAUCCCAAUCUUAUGAAGAGCAGAAUGAGGACAACUUGAAAAAAAUUGAUACUGAUCGAGAUGAUUCUGGACAUUCAUCAGCUCCAGGAAAAAUCAUAGACACAACGACAAAACGACUUUGUACCUGUACUCAUUCUGGUUCAAACACUGUGAAAUGUCGACAUUGCCUUUUAGAAGCUAGUGAAGCUUUGCGAAAGCUGUUUGACAAGUAUAGUUUAAGCAUUAAUUCAACGAACCAUGUGGAUUAUAACACGCGAUAUCAAAACCUCCUCAAUAGUACACAAAAUAGAACUAUUUCCUUGGAGAAAAAUUUAAAGAAAGAUGAAAGUAGAGUCAAAACAAACGAUUCCCAAAGUGAACGAAAAUCUGCAGAAGACUCUUGGUCAGACAGCUCUGUCGAACUCCCUCCAAAUUGCAAUGGAGAAAACGAAGUAAAAAGGUCUUCCCGAGGUUCACAUCAAUCAACAGAUUCUCAAAAAAGUGAAAUUCCAAACAUAUCACAACAAAUUAAGAACAAUGCACUUUUGAGAGCUAUCAGUGCUGAUGAUGUGACUCAAUGGGUGAAAUCUCAAGAAACGUUAACUUCGUCAUUGGCAAGUGAUAGUUAUGAUUUUGAUGAUGUUUUCGUUUCGUAUACUGAAGACGAAUCCUCCGCGCGAAAUAAAAUAUUUCGUGAAACGGAUGGCAUUUUAGAAUCAAUCAAAGUAAGAGCGUUAACGCAACGUCGAUCCUCUAAUGUUCUGGAGUACUCUGGAACAAGCUCUGCUUUAUCACAAAGAACAGAUCUAUGGUUAAGUGAUGCUAAAUCAUCUUGGUUUGAUACUGCGUCUACUUCAUCAGCUGGAUUUUCAUUUUCACGAUUAAAAGAUGUUAGAACUCAACUGCCCACAUGGGGCACUGUGACAUCUGAAAAUGAAGCGUCUGAAGCUCCGCUAAACUCUUUCAGUUAUGAAGACUCGGUGACAGACUCUUCGGUGAGUGGUACCCGAGAUAUUCUUCAGCUCGGAGACUGGAGUACGCAUAAAAGCAGUGAGACUGCUAGUAAUGUAUCUUUUUCCUCUACAGAAGUGCCAUAUGCCUUUGAACUUAAUCUUCAAGAAAAAAUUAAAAUAUCUGAUAAACCCAUUAAGUGUUUGUUAGAAACAAGAUGCGGUACUGAGCCUACUAUCAUUAGCUGUGCAGGAUGUUAUGGAGAUGAUGAAGCAGUGCUUAAGUGGACCAAAGUGGGUAAUGAAGAGCUCUGGACCAAUGAUCCUAUAAUAGAAGUUUGCCCAUAUACUAAUGCAAUCAAGCCAUCUCCAUAUGCUCGAUCACGUCUCCCACGAAGAACUUCAUCGUUGAUGUCUGUAAAUACAGAAUCAGAAUCAACAGCCCGGGCGUCUUUGACUUCCACUUCAUCUAGUACAAGUAGUGUUGUUGGAAGCGGUCUUGCAAAGGUGCACAAUAUUUUCCUCAGGGUUCAUGAUAAAGCAUGAGAACAACUUAAAAGUAGUUAUGCGUUCAUUUCAUUUCCUACACUUCAUUCCGUAUAAUUUUCUGACCUACAGACAAGGGAUCAAUUGGAUUCAUAAUGUGGCUUUCAACAGGAAUUUGGAUGAAGAGUUUUAAAUUGGUUCUUAUAAGUGAAGAAUUUCAUUCAAUUUUUCUGUCUCUUUAAAGGACAGUGUAUUUCCUCAAAAACGAUAAGCAUAAAAAAGAUCUGCAUUUAUAUAGUGAUAUGAAGCUCACUACCAACCGUUUAUACUUCAUUUCACUUUUACUAGGAAAAAAAUUGAAAAACAAUUAAACAACAUUAAAAUUUUCUCCUUGAUAAACUGUUUUUUCUUGAUAAAAAAUUUUCAUCGCUAAUAGGAAUGAUAUCCUGCUUUCAGGACGAUUGAAAUCUGGCAAGUUAGUGAUUGUAUUAUAAUGCAUUGUCUCAAAAUAUUUAUGUAAGUUUUGUUCUUGGCUUUCAAGUCUUAAAGUUUUAUUAUGUGAAAGUCAAACUUUCAGAUUUGUCGUUAUAUUAUAUUAUCACACUAAAAACCAGUUAUAUAAUUAGACUGAAUUUCAUUGAAAAUUAGUCAAAUUGAAAAAGUUAAACUUUGAAAAUUUGAUAGUGACGUUUCCAUGUAGUUUAAAAUCAUCUAGAAACUUUGAAAAGUUUCAAAUCAUUGACAUAUUUUUUGUAAAAUAAAUCAUGUCAAGCAUUCUUUAUUUCUCCUCCAAUAUUCUAUAUUUUUGACUCCAUUUACAUGUAAUUUAAUACUGUUUACAUGCAAUUGGAGCUAUUAUGUGUAAUGGAGUUAUUAUAGCUAAAAGUUAGCUAUUAUGUGGAGUCAAAAAUUCAAUGUGAAGAAAAAACUGCUAAAAUAAGCAGUAUUAAACAUGCUCAUUUUUAAAUUAAAAUGAAUUCUUUAAUGAUAUUUUAAAUUUUUUUAAUAAUGCUCAAUAUAAUUAAAUCAUUAUAAAGAAAAAUUAUUAUUCAAAAGAUUAAUUAUUGCUGGAAAUAUAAUAUUUACAGUCAAAAACAUUUUUAGAAAUUAAAAUAUGUCAAAGAAAAGUUCACACAUUGGUGAAAAAUUUGAGUGAUCCAGUAGAGGACAUAUGGGCUUAAUUUACUAAAAUGUAAUCAAAGAGACACAAUUAAAAAUAUAUAUAAAACUAAAAAAGUUAUUAAUAUGGAUAACAGAAAAAUGUAUCUAAUUUUUUCAGUUAAACGCAACUUCACAAUUUAAAAAUUGUUUUAUAUUCCUAUAUUUCACCGAGUAAUUUUUAACAUCCCGUCCUUGUGAACAUAAGCCCGUCCUUAAAUAUCUUUCCCGUCCUGAAUAAUAUGGCAUUCUGUGGUGUGAAGAAAGCAAGCGUAAAAUACGCUAAGCUUUGCUUGAGUCCUAAUGUUUAUAAAUGGUUAAAAAUUUACAAGACAAUAUUUCUGUAAGAAUGAUUGAAAUUUUUAGUUACCUCUCUUUGGGAAUCAGUCUUUAUGGAUUAUGAGUCUAACUAAAUAUAAAAACUAUCACAUUAAAUAAAAUAAUUUUAAAUGUGUGGCACUAAUUAUCAGUUAAAUCUACUAACUUUAUUAAUGGAUAAUAAAAAUAUUGUAUCAUAAAUUUGGUAAGAAUUUCCAAAACUAAUUUAAACUAUAGUUUCAAAAUUAUCUCAGGCAUUUAACCUAAGAACUACAAAUAAAUGUAUUUUAUUUUUUGUCUAUAAUGAGAUAUUUUUUAAAUAUUAUCUUUGCUAUAAAGUAACAAGUAAUUCGAUUAAUUAGACAGAUUCAGAUUAUAUUUUUUACGAAUUACAUUUUCUACAAUUAGCUAAAUUUUGAUAACAUUUAUCUAAGGUACUGCGUCAAUUUGAAUUAACUUGCAAGUAUAAUGAAACAGAUGAAAAUAAAUCAAUAAGAAAACUUUUUUAAAGCCAUAAAAACUUAUUCAACCAAUUGUCUGAUUCUGGAUUUUCAAAAUUAUGUAAAAGAUAGAUAGAGAAGAUAUAGUCUAUUGGCUACUUAACUAAUACCAAAUAAAAUUGUAAUUUUUGUCAAGAACUAGAUUUUCUUGAGAGAAACGAGUAAAAAUAUAAUCAAUAGCAGUAGUUUCAAAAAUAAAAGCUCAUUAAACCUAACUUUUAAUAUUCCGAUUAGAGACAAUUUUGCAAUUUGCAAUUUUGCACAAAAUUCUAUGAAAUAAAGCGUGUUUUGUAUAGUUAAAUAUUUCACUAUAGUUAAUCAAUCACUUUUCAUUAUUGUUUUCAUACAAAGACAAAAAUAUAAUGAUAAUUGAAUUUUAAAAAAUAUUGCGUGAAAGAAAGGAAUUGUUUUGUGAAAUAGACUUUCAAGUAAAAAUUUAAAGAACUGCUUCAAAUCAUACCAAAUUAUUUGUAUAAGAGCUUAAGAAAUAUAGGAUAUACUAUUUAAGAUUGGGUAAAACUAUAAUCUGUAUCAGACAUAUUUUUAAAAUAAAAAGCUUUUGAAUUUAACAAGCAUGUGUGCCAUUAAAGAUAUUUAAUAUUUAUAAAAUUUGAAACGUUUACAUUCUAAUGCGAGCUUGAACAUAUUUUCCUAAAAUACAUAAUGUGUCAUAAUAAAGUAUUAAAAAUAAGACAGAAAAAUUAGAAAGUAACGUGUCUAAAAAAAGAUAUAUUUCAGAUCAGUUCAUUUACUUGCAGAUGGCACUUUUGCUCUGCUUUUCCUUGAAAAGUAAUUUAUUUAUAAAAUAUGUUUUUCUAAUGAACUUUUGUCAUACACGUCAUCUACCCACUUAUGAAGAGAGCACUAAGCACAUUUAAGCUUCAGAAAAAAGCUUUUAUUUAAAAAAAUACACAAACGUUACAAAUGAUUGAGAAUGUGCAAUAAAGCAUAGACAUGGGGCAAAAGCCUCGCUAACCAUGGUAUUUUCCUUAACCUGACAAUUUUAAAAUGAAAAUAGCAUAUUAAUGUUUCCUCUAUCCCAUCUAAGAUAGAAUCAAUAGCAGGAUCUGGUUGGUUUUUGGGUUAAUUACUUUCAGCCCUCUUUUUACUCUUAUGCGUUCUGAUUUAGUUUGAAUUAUACCAAUAGUUUUCAUGUACUUAUUUCAGUUAUUAAAUAUAUAUAUAUUAGUAAAAUCAUGGUUAGAUAGAUUACUUACUGAAUUUUGAUGAAUAAGAUUUAAAAUAUUUUAAUCACUAGUUCUGCUUUUUUAGUUCAACAAAUGUUUGAAAAAAACUUUUUCAACAGGUUUGCAUAAAGUAUACUUUUUUCUUUUUUCAAGGAUAGUGGGUAGUUACCUAUCUAGUUUUUUUUUCCCUCUACACCUCAAAACCCUAAGUUUAAAUAUUUGGGUAGAAAGCAUGAAAUAGAAAAAAACACAAACGUCCAAAAAAAUUUUAGCUUCAUUGUUGUAAAAUAUUUUCAUCACGCUCCUUGAGACAAACUUUUCUUACUCCUAUUUGAAAAUAACUAUCUAAUGUAUAUAAAUGCAAUGAUACAUGCUAAGAUAGAUACGAACGGAAGGCUAGGUAUAUAUGAACUAUGAGGGCAAACAAUGAGGACCUCCACAGACCAAAAGUCACUCAAAGUGUCACUUCCCAACUAAAUUGGAAUUGUGUAUAUAAGUAGAUUUAAAGGUUAAAAAAUAAUGUGGAGAAAACAUUUUACAUAUUUUCAAAUAAUUAUAAAGUUAUUGUUUGAUUUUAACUGCAUCUUUUAACUCCUAAUAUGCAAACUUCUAUUUCCUAAGAAAAAAUGUUAAACGUAAAAGUUUGCUUUAAUUCAAGCAUACUUUUUAUUUAAGUAUGUUAAAAGUAUAAGAUUAACUUCCAAACAUCUCACAACUUAGUAACUUUUAUUAUAGACUACCUUGUUUAUUCCAAAAAAUAUUUAAGUGCUAAGUUUUAUUUUCAAAAAAAAUUUUAUUUUUAAGGCGACAAGGGGGUUUCAAAUUUUUAUAUUUUUAUUUUUAACCAAUUUACUUGAAAGUUUUAUAGAUUAUAGAUAUUGAUAAAAUAAGUGUAGAAAUUAAAAUUCAGAGUGAUAUGUUAAAAAUUUAAAUAGUUAUUAAAUUUUAAAAUUUAAUUAAUUAACAUUUUUAAGUGAGAAAAAUAAAUAAUUUUUCAGAGAAAGAUUACAAAAAAAAACAUUUUUCAAUAAUUUUUUAAGUUUCUAUUAAAAACAAAUUUUGAUUAUACUAUGAAGAAACUAAAGAAAAACUGUGUUUCAAAUAUUAUACAAUGUAUUACUUACUUAACAACAAAUCAAUAUAUUAAAAUAAAUAAUUUCUCUUCAUCUAUUAAGUGGUUUUAAAUCCUUUAAAUUUAUUCCAUUAAAUAUAUUUUUACCCCUUAUUUGUUAAAAACAUAACUUCCAUUUAAAAAAAAAAAAAAAAAAAAAAAUUUAAUACGAGGGAAAGAGAUAAAAAAAAUUUCAACUCUUUAUUUCAAACAUCAAAGCUUUUUUAACAAAAUUCAGCAUAAUUGGUGAGUGACACUUGGGUUAUUUCUUAUUUAAGUUGUUUUACCUUUGGAAUGAAAUUUAAUUUUUCUUAUUAAUAGUUGUAAUUUGAUUACAAAAUAAAUAAACAAUUAACAAAAAUGAUACAACUGAGCAAUAUACAUUAUUUGAAAUUUUUUUUCAUUGAUACAAGUAAAUAAAGAUAAAAAAAAAUGUGAUAACUGAGUGUUUAAAUCAUGAUAAGAGAAUUGGCGAAAAUAUCAAAUACUAAGUUUUCUUUUUAAAAAAAUGUAGUUGAAGCGUGUGAAACAGGUUUGUUUUUGAAUUUGUGCAUGGGUUCAUAAAAUGAUUUCGAGAAAUCUAAUUCUUAAACCUACUGAUGAACUUAUUCAGUGAAAAGUGUAAAAUUUUUACAUAUGAAAUGUAUCAAGUCUUUUUUCUUUUUUUACAUAAUGUAAUCUUUAUUCAUCUUUUACUGAAAUAACUUGGUUACUUUACGAAGAGGUAAAUAAAAUUAUAUAAACUAAAAUUAUUAUGUAGAAGGAAUAACAAAUAUAAUGGCAAAAAGUUCUGUAUAUGAAAUCCAUAGUAGCAGUUAAACUUUGAAGAAAUUUUAAUGUUGCCUUAAAUAUUUAUCAACAUCCUCCGCAAAACUUUUACUUAAAACACUUCUGCUGUCUAUGUCCUACAACUAUUAUGUACAUUUUAUGCUACCUAUUAUGACCUAACAAUAUUUUAUAUUCAAUUACAUUUUUAUGUAUUCUGAGUAAUUUAUUUUGCAAUGAAUAGUUUUUGAAUCUAGUCAUUAAACACAUGUUGUACUUCUUUGUAUUCAUAACUAACUUUAUAUGUAUAAAAUUUAAAAAUAUGAAUAAUUAUAGAACUGUACAUAAUUUCCUCAAAAUGUACGACUUAUUAAAUGUUUACUUUUUUUAUUCCUUUCAGCUGAUAUACAAAGUUGUCUUUAUAUACAAAUAUAUAUUUUCAGAAAAUCCUUAUUCAUUCUGUAUAAAAAUAAAUUUUAGUCUCUAGCCUAUUUUGAUCAUCUGAAAAUUUAAAAUUACAUUAUUAUUUAAUUUAACAUUAACCCUUAUAGACCAAACUUUAAAUUAAUCAUAAUAAUAAACGAAAGAAAUGAAAAUUAUCUUAAAAGAACUGAAAUGAGUCAAGAUUUUUAAAAAUAUUUGUUUUCAAUCUUUUGGCCACCUACCCAUAUAAAUAAGGUUUCAAUUUUCACUUAAUAUUUUAAAUACUACAAAUUAAUCAGUUAAAUGAAACAAAUGCAUACCAUGCUCUCAAGAUAGUGAGACAACUUCUACUUCAGCAAGAAUUUUUGAAGAAAUAUAUUUGAAAUUUGUAAAUUAAGAUAUUAAAUAUUUUAUCUUGCAUUGGAAUCAACUUUAAGAAAUGUAUCAUAUAUUGGGAUAAAUACAUCAAUAAGUCAUUCCAAAUUAAUGUAAAUAUAAAUUUGUUAGUUUUCAAAAAUUAUAUUUAAUGUAAAUAGAUGUUAAAAACUAUCCAGAUGAAUUUCAACUGUUGUAAAUUGGACAUUUAAUAUAUUUUACAAAUAGUUUGUAUAUAUUCACUUUGAAUUCAAAUGAAAAAUAUAAUUUGAGUCAUUAUUAAAAAAAACAUUUGCAGAAAUGUUAUCCAGAACCUUUUUAAUUGAUUCUGUCACUUUAUUAAAUUUGGUUGAAAAGCUAAUAUUUAACUGCACAAAUUGAGCUCAGAAUACAAAUAUGCACCAAGGGUUUCAAAUUCUGUAAAAUUUACGAACUUCAAUAAAAAAAAUUACAAUUAUGUAAGUAAAAAAAAUUUUUUUCCUUACUGAAUAAAUAUACAGUUAAUAACAUCUGCUAAGUCUAAAAGGGUUAAUGUCGCAUAAUUUUUAUUAACUUUUUCAAAUACCAAUUUGGAGUGUAAUUGAGAUAAGGUUACUAAAAUAUAUCAAAGAGUACACCGGUGAAAGACUAAAUAAAUUAUAUCAUUUUCAAUUAAAUAUAUCAUUGAUUUAUUUUGUUAUUGAUUAAUGUUAACACAUAGAAUUAAAUAUAUUUUUAUGAUCUUAAAAAAUAUGUAUGUUUCAUUAUCUAGUGUUCAGUUUUUGUGAUCAAAUAAAGAAGUUAUUGUUA